CCACCCAAACACCAUCCCCCUCUCCAGACAAAAACAUUCACAACUUUUUGAGAGAGAGUGUGUGUGUGUGUGCGCGCGCGCGCAGACGGAGGGCAGCUGCAAUGGCAAUGGCUAUAGCUCUUCGGAGGCUUUCCUCUACAGUUGACAAACCUGUUAAGCGUCUCUACAAUAUUGGUGGCUCUCUCUAUUACAUGUCAUCUUUGCCAAAUGAAGCUGUCUACGACAAGGAAAAAUCUGGAGUCUCCUGGCCAAAGCAACUGAAUGCCCCGCUGGAGGUUGUUGAUCCUGAGAUUGCUGACAUUAUUGAGCUUGAGAAAGCUCGCCAAUGGAAGGGGCUCGAACUCAUUCCUUCAGAAAAUUUCACUUCCCUUUCGGUGAUGCAAGCAGUUGGAUCAGUUAUGACUAACAAGUAUAGUGAAGGAUAUCCUGGUGCCAGAUACUAUGGAGGAAAUGAGUACAUAGACAUGGCAGAAACUUUAUGCCAAAAACGUGCUUUGGAAGCAUUCAGGUUGGAUCCUGCAAAGUGGGGAGUGAAUGUGCAGCCUCUAUCAGGAUCACCUGCUAAUUUUCAUGUUUACACUGCAUUAUUAAAACCUCAUGAACGGAUCAUGGCUCUUGAUCUUCCUCAUGGUGGACAUCUUUCUCAUGGAUAUCAGACUGAUACGAAGAAGAUAUCCGCAGUCUCUAUAUUCUUUGAGACAAUGCCAUACAGACUCAAUGAGAGCACUGGCUAUAUUGACUAUGACCAGCUUGAGAAAAGUGCCACACUCUUUAGGCCAAAAUUAAUUGUUGCUGGUGCUAGUGCCUAUGCACGUCUUUACGACUAUGAACGAAUCCGGAAGGUCUGCGACAAACAGAAAGCUAUUUUGUUAGCAGAUAUGGCACACAUUAGUGGAUUAGUUGCAGCUGGAGUCAUCCCCUCACCAUUUGAUUAUGCUGAUGUUGUCACUACCACAACCCACAAGUCCCUUCGUGGGCCUCGUGGUGCUAUGAUUUUCUUCAGGAAGGGUGUUAAAGAGGUUAACAAGCAAGGCAAGGAGGUUUUGUACGACUAUGAAGACAAAAUCAAUCAGGCAGUCUUUCCUGGACUUCAAGGGGGUCCUCACAAUCACACCAUUACUGGCUUGGCAGUUGCCUUGAAACAGGCAAUCACUCCAGAAUACAGAGCUUACCAAGAGCAAGUCCUCAGCAACUGCUCAAAAUUUGCCCAGGCUUUAAUGGAGAAUGGUUAUGAACUUGUCUCUGGAGGAACCGAGAAUCACUUGGUUUUGGUGAACCUGAAAAACAAGGAGUUCGCGGGUUCGAGCCAUGGAAACAGCCUCUUGCAGAAGUGCAGGGGUAUUGAUGGUUCCAGGGUUGAGAAAAUCUUGGAAGCUGUACAUAUUGCAGCCAACAAGAACACUGUUCCUGGAGAUGUAUCUGCCAUGGUCCCCGGUGGCAUCAGGAUGGGAACUCCUGCACUCACUUCUCGGGGAUUUGUUGAGGAAGAUUUUGUGAAAGUUGCUGAAUUCUUUGAUGCUGCCGUGAAGCUAGCAGUGAAAGUAAAGGCUGAAACUCAAGGGACAAAGUUGAAAGACUUUGUAGCAACACUACAAUCCAGUGCUCCAAUCAAAUCUGAAAUUGCAAAACUCCGUCAUGAUGUGGAGGAGUAUGCUAAGCAAUUCCCUACGAUUGGGUUUGAAAAAGAAACAAUGAAGUACAAAAACUAAGAGUACAUACACAAGGCACCUGAUAUCUGACUUCAGAAAUGUGAAAGGCAAAGAAAAUCCAGCCAUGGCUUGCUUUCAAGUACAUGAUUCUCAUGCUUAUGUAUGUAAAAGUCCAGCAGAUGUUGGUUCCCAUGUAUGCCAAUUUGUAUAUUAAACACUUACAAUCCAACAGAGGUCUCCUUGAAGCAAUAAACUCUUGAGUUCUGUUCAUUUACAAGUGGGAUUAUGUUAUCUCAAUUCUCAAUGCUCUGCUUCAUUAUGUUA